CUCGGAAAAAGAAAAAAAGAUUUGUCUUGAGCUGUAUUUCUACAUGAUGUUCCUGAGUUUCAAUCCAUUGCAACACAUCUUUGAACUUUGUGCUUUUCUAUGUGGAUCGCCCAUGCUUUGUUCCUUGUCAUUUGCUACUCGCUUGUCGUUCUCACUCGGGCUGAGGAGAAACUAGUCACCUUCAACGAUACCAACUUUCGCUUCUUUGGUCGAUGGCAUGUCAAUACAUUUACCCAGAAUCUACAAAGCACAUGGCCCGGCGCUUAUGUAAAAGCCGAAGUCACUGGAACAACCAUUAUAAGAGUCAUCCUCGGCCAGCCAACAUCCGUGUAUGCAAAAGUCGACGACGGUCCGCUGAAGAAACUGGAGGCGACACCAGUGUCGGGUCAAGGAAACCAAAGCUGGGCAGAACUGAUGCUGGGCGAUCAUUUCGACAGUAACCAAUCGCACCAAUUCAUGCUUAUCGCCACUGUCGACGACCCAGCUUUGCAGUUUCACGCUGUUGCACUGUCUUCUGAAGCUUGUACCGUUCCUCCAAGCCAUCUGUCGGGACGUAACGUUGAAUUUAUCGGUCACGAUCUUACUUUGGGAACUGGAACCAGCCAUUCUUUUUUAACGGGCUACGCUUGGAUUGUCAGUGAUCUCCUUGGCGUAGAACUUUCCCAAAUAGCUUAUCCCAACGCUCGUUUAAUGGAUGAUGGUUCGUCCUUUGGCAUGGAAACCCGAUACUUCCAUGGUGGGGCAUCUUAUCCACCGUCAUGCAUCGUGCUUUUCUUGGCUCGAAACGAUCGCGGUCACGAGGACGACUAUGCCGCGAGUCUCACCAGAUUUUUACGUCGACUACAUACGCGAGCCAAGGAUACGCCGAUCCUUGUCCUUUCGGAACCGCUGGGCGAUCUUUUCCGGGCAUCUCAGGGAGCAGUGAAUCAACUGUCCAGUGAGAGUCAUCAAGAUAUCUACUUUAUUGAUACCACCAGUUGGAUCCGUUAUGGUGCUACCAUGUUCCUUGAUCCAGGUCAUUUUACGGAUGCCGGACAUGAAACAUUUGCAAAGAAACUGUUACCUUAUCUACAAGCCAAGUUAGCGGUCCCUCCGCAACCGCUUCCUAGCUUUCCACCCAAUCCGAAUCUUCCCGGACAUUGGCAGACCAUGGAUCUCGGUGAAGCCAGCUCGAUAGGUUUACCCGGGUCGGUAUCCUUUGAUGCCGAUAAUACGUUUACGUUGUGGGGUUCGGGCACGGACAUCAGCAAGGACCGAGAUGCGUUUCGGUACGUUUAUCAGUCAAUGUCUGGUAAUGGUUCGAUCGAAGCUACUGUGGAAUCGCAUUCCGCUUUUGCUGCUUGUGCGAAAGCAGGUAUCAUGCUGCGCGAACAUUUGGCUUUAGGCUCGCCUCACGUGAUGCUUGGCAUGUCAUCGGCGGAUGGUCUGUUUCUCCAAACACGAGAAACAAACCUCAAUGCUACUAGGGUGAUCAAGAAGAUGCGCGCUUCACCUCCUUAUCGUCUACGUCUUGUACAGAAAGGGUUCAGUGUCACAGCGUCUGUUUCGAAUCGAGAUAGUGAAUGGGAACCGUUCGCCGAGAUAAAAACGUCACUAGCCCGUGAUAUUUAUGUGGGUCUUGCUGUCACCAGCUGUGACACAUCGGUAGUGAGUGUAGCCAAGUUUUCAAACAUCAGUCUUAAAGGCGGCGUAGGCAGCGGUGGUCUCUCUCUUCCACGCUUCAUAGAGCAGAAACCGAACUAAAUCAUCCGUUGUCGUCCCAUGUAAUUUCUCAAUUAUAAAAAUAUCUAACAGUAGACUUUGACAUGAAAAUAAGCAAGCUCCCAUCAUUCAAUGGACUGUUACUAUAAACGGCAUGGUUUCCUGUUCUUUCAGUAGCUAUACAGUAUCAAUUGACAAUGGGCGCUCCCUGCUGCAACUGGUUCAUUCCUGUUGUUGACAAGGGAUGAGAUAAAAAAUGGGAUUUUCGUAAGGUGCUCCUGAUCAUGUUGCGGCAAUGAAACAUUAUGGGAUAGAGAAUGGGAACGAAAUAUCAAAAGCAAAAGAAAAAAAUUGAA